GUAUCUUUUGCUUAAUUUUUUUUUCAUUUUCUUUGAAAGUUUCUCUUUACCAGCUAUAAAAAUAUUGAAAACGGGGGACGGCUAUUUGGCUGACACAUCAUCCAAUUAGCAGAAUAUGUCUGAACAAGAUAGACUCAUUUCAGACUACUGGGUGAAACAGGUUCAACAAAGCUGAAAUAAUGGAGACUUUGGAGCAAGAUCAAAUACUGUUUGAAAAUCAGUACCACGAAGAGCUUUUGACCUUAAAGAACUCAUGUAGGCAGAGACUGCUGAUGCUAGGCAAGCACUACAAGCAACAGAAGAAUAUGUGUAACAUGCAGCAUAAGGAUAACAUGAAAAGUUUGGGACUCACGGAGGAACUAGACAAGUUUUUCAUGAUUAAUGAAGGAAGAACUCCUGUGAUGAAUAGUCCCUGCAAGUUGCAUUCAUCUGGAAACACAAUGGUGAGAAAUUCCUACUCUGCGAAAGAACUCUGCAGUUUAACUGAUUCAGAGUUGAAUGCUAAAAAGGAUCAUUUACAGCUGAAGAAGUCCAGCAGACCUAAGAGCGCUACUUCAGAUUGGAUCUUGCAGUUUACAGUCCCUCAGCCAUUCAACAUGACGAUGCGGGAAGGUCAAAAGAAGACUCAGCUUCUCAGAUCCAGGUUAUUGCUGGAAAUAGAGAAGGAUCUAGUGGAAAAACAGAAGGAGGAAGAAACAGAAUGUCAGAAGAAAUUCCGGGCUCUUCCUGUACCUGCUCAUGUUUAUUUGCAACUUUAUGAAGAAAUGAAUGAACGGAACGAGGAAAGAAGAAAGAGAGAAAGAGAGAAGCGCAAAGAAUUUCUGAUGUCCACACAGAAACCGUUUAAUUUUACUGAGAAGGAGGAAGAGAGGAAGGAGAAGCUGAAACUACAGCACAGUACAGCAGCACCAGAAACAGCAAAAACGGUCAAACAGAUAAAGAAAAUUCCUUGGUCCGUUCAAGAUCCAACAGUAAGCAAGAAAUUAAAAGAAGAUGAACUGUUCAGAAAGAUCCGGAUACAGAUGCGAGCUGCAGACUUGCUCAAAAGUGCUUCCUCACCUAUAGAUCUUCAUCCUUACAAAAAAGAGCUGGCCAGAUCAAGCUCGACAAAAACAAGACAGGAAAAGCUGGGAUUCUUAGACGAAAUACCAAAGUUCAAACCAAGGAUAAAUCCUGAAGUUCCAGAUUAUGCAAAACUCUAUAAAGCAUUUCAGAGAGAAGCAAGAAGAAAGCAACAGGUGAAGGAGACGACAAAAUGUGUACCUUUUGAACUCCAUACAUCAAAGUUAGCACCACGGCGAAGUAAAACAAGUGAAGACAUUGUUUCGAAGGAUUCUCAUAAGAAGGUAAACACUCGGUUGACUAGAAGCAAUUCUUUCGGUGGCAUUCAUUCACUAUCUUCUGAUACGCUUCCCACCUAUACAACAGAUGCUGCAAGAAAAAGGCAAUCAGCUGUCAGAAAAUCCCUGGAAAAACGGGAUAAACAGGAACUAGAGAAAGCUCAAUGGAUGGAGAAGUACAAGGUGAACACCCAUGACAUGAGCAAAACAUUACUGAUGCGGGCUAAAGCUAUGGAUCCUCAUCAAAGUCUAGCAGAGACCUACAAAAAAACAUUGCAGGAGUAUAGGCAGAGAGAUCUCAAGAGGAAGAAAGAGUACAAGAGGGAACUGGAGGAGAUGAAGAGGCGAGUCCGCAGCAGACCCUACCUCUUUGAACAAGUCACUCAGAAAAAUGCUGCAUCAGAAGCUGAGAGACGAUUUCGUGAAAGGUUGCGGCAAGCUGGGGUGGAUGAAGAAUUUGUCCAGAACAAAGGAAGAAAUGCAGAGGAUAUUCCUCUCUCAAUAUCCAACGAUGAAGACAAUAGCUUUGGCAGUGAAUACAGCAGAGUAAAGCAUGAGAAUGGUGAGACGAGUGAGUCCUUGGAAAGCAUCAAACCAGUGGAAGUAGACGAAGAAAAAAAUAUUCAGUACAGGGACGAAGGUGAAAAGAAUAGAGAGCAAGAGGAUGAUUCUUGCCCUGACAAGCAAAAUAGUCUCGAUUCUUACGUAAGAUAAAAUUCAACCCGUGAACGGUACUAAUAAUUUUAACCUUCUCUUGUUGCUUUUGUAUCUCGAGAGACUCUUCUUGCCUUCUACUGAAACAAUUGCAGUUCCUCCAGCUUGUAGUUUCUGGCCUGGGUACAUUAGCAAACAUUUCUCAUUCUGUCUGGCAGGCUCUAUUGGUUCUGGUUCUUGCUGUUGGCUUGGAGGUUAGACUGGCGUUUGGGUAUGUUUUCAUUCUUCUGUUCCAUUGCUUAAUGUUGACCCAUGCCUGGUUGUUUUAUAAAAUCAUAAGAAAUGCGAGCAGAAGUAGGCCAUUCGGCCCAUCAAGCCUGCUCCGCCAUUCAACAAGAUCAUGACUGAUCUGAUUGCUGCCCUAACUCCAUUUUCCUGCCUGCAUCAUAACGCUUGACUCCUUUGUAGAUCAAAAAUCUAUCUAACUCAGACUCCAACACAUUCGGUGAUCCAACAUCCACUGCUCUCUGGGGAAGAGAAUUCCAAAGACCAAUGACCCUCUGAGAGAAGAAAUUCCUCCUCAUCUACAUGAGCCUGUUAUCAGUGUAUCUGGGAAACACAUCACUUCAGAAUCCAAGCACACACACCUUAAAAUAUUGUCAUCUAGAGCUGAGAUAGCAUUGAUAAACCACUUGAAUUUCACUUUGACCAGUUAAUGUAAUAUUUCAAAAGUUGUAACUGGUUGGACACCCAAGUCUCUGGGUUAUCUUAUUUAUGUACUUAAUGUAAUGUUUUCCAUCUAUGUGUUUGGAUGGAUAAAUGCACAGACUAUUCCUGGAAAAUGUCCAUAAACCAGGAAGCAAAGUAUGCAUGGAAAGAGGUCUGAUGAAGAGUCAUAUGGACUCAAAACAUUAACUGUAUUCCUCUCCGCAGAUGCUGUCAGACCUGCUGAGUUUUACCAGCUAUUUUUGUUUUUGUUUCAGCUUUCCAGCAUCCGCAGUGUUUUGCUUUUAUCAUGGAAAGAGGCUAUUCGGCCUGUUACACUAGCUGAUUGUAAGACCUAUCUAAUUAGUCCCACUUCCCAUUCUUUCUCUUCAAAUUUCUGCUAUCCAUAAAAUUAGAAUCAUUCUAAUACAUUUCCUAAUUGCAAACACAUUUAAUGAAUAAGCAACCAAAUCACUGAAAAUAUUACACUCCUUUCAGCACCCACAAUGUCACAUAAUGGUAAAAAUAAAUUCCAAAUGAACUACUAAAAUCACAUUAAAAUCAGUAAUUCUCCAUCCUAUGAUCCAAUAGCUAAAGAAACUUAAGGACUCCCCUUUCAUACCUUCAGGAUGGAUACUCUCACACCCAUAAAGAGUUGGUUUGGCCAGCAGCAUCAGGAAGACAAAUGUCAAGGUCCAGGAUGUUGCCAUUCCACCUUCUAUCUGCAGUGACAAUGUGACAGUGGAGGUUGUUGAUAGCUUCGAUAUCUGGGCUCCACAAUCACUAGCAUUCUGUCACUUGAUGCUGGAAUCACCACAUGCAUCAUAAAAGCUGCAGUUGUUAUGACCAAGCUAAGUAAGGUUGUGUAAAAUAACAGCAACAUGACUGAGAACACCAAACAGCGAGUCUACCAAGCCUGCAUCCUCAGUGCCCUCCUCGAAGUAGUGAGACCUGGACCACAUAUGCUAGGCAGGAAAAAUGGGCUGAACAGUUUCCACCUAUGCUGUCUCAGAUGUCGCCUUGGCAUCUCUGGGCAGUAUAAGGUCACCAACUUGGAGGUCCUGAAGCAUGCUAAUUCCAUCAGCAUACACUCAUUGCUAAGCCAAUGGUGUCUGCGCUGGCUCAGCCAUAUUCAUUGGAUGAUGAAGGCCUGUAACUAAAGACCAUCUGUAUGGUGAACUGACCUCCAUUACAAAGACACCUCCAAGUGAGACAUAAAGAUGGUGAACUUUGACACAACUGGGAUACAGUUGCUGAUGGCUGAGAUCUCUGGAGGCUGACUGUUUGGAAGGGCAUUGUAAGAGGCGAGCAGAAACAAAAAGCUCAGCUGGCCGAGAAGAGGGCCCAAAGAAAACAGAGGUCAGCAAAUCAUGCAUCUUCUCAGCCCAACAUCUUCCUCUGCAGCAAAUGCAACAGAGACUGAGAUGCAAGAGUGGGGCACCUAAGCCAGAUCAGGUGAUGCUUAGCACAGAGUUGAGCAACACAGUGCGAACCAUCAUCUCACAAGAUGGAGGGCUGAAACCCCUUUUUUGGUCUCCCUUCCUACAGUUUGGAUCAUUCAGUCUGCCUCAAAGGUAUCUUCCAGGCCUCUGUGCACUUGACAUGACUACACCUCAAUCCCCUGCAAAUACACCACUUUUCAGCCCCAGUACAUUAAUAAUCAAGUUUCUUCCCCUCUGGCUGUGGUUUGUUGAAUCUUGCUAGGCCGCUACUUACUAAGUUUUGGUCACAGCUUGUUUAAGAUGUCCGCCUGGUAACUUUUACUGGAACUUCUUAUAAAAAGUGAAUAACUAUCCAUUCGGAAUUUUUAAAAGUUUUUAUUUUAAUUCGCAACACUCCACCCUUCAAGUCUGAUUCUAAACAGUUUUUUUAAAAAUUCAGUAAGAAGAAAAUAAUCCUUAUUGCUAUGGGAACUGAAAAGAGUAGGUAGGGUUUAAAGAAUGAGUCACAACACACAAGUCAGAAUUGGAAACAGUAAGAUGCAAGUUUAAAAAAAAACACUUAAAUUGUAUUCUUCAUGCGUAAUCAGGUUGAGACAGCAAUGCUAUUAUAUUACUGUAGCGGAUAAGAAAAUGCAUUUUAUUGUUUGAAUAUUAUUUCUUUACAUUUUUUCUCCUUAUACUCUGAGGUUCUGGGUACAGUAGCAACACUUUUUUUUAGUUUUGUGCUUUUCUCCCUGGGCCCUGUUCCGUAACUUGCAAUUAUAUAGCACCUUUGAUGCAGUAAAACAUCCCAAGGUACUUCAUAGGAGCUUUAUCAAGCAAAAUCUCCUCAAUGGCAUGAGCUGCGAUAAUCCCAGCUCUUUACUGUCAGAAGCUGCCUCCUAUGUUUCUUUCAAAUGUCUCUGAAUUUUAUUUCUGAAAGUCACUUCCUCAGGUGAGGAACAGAAAUUUUCCAGUUUGCUGCAGCAAAAUCUUUGAACUGAUUUGCCACUAAAAAAGUAAAAUACUUGUCCCAGGUAAUUUCUUUACUUUUGUUAUAGGUUGAUUUGUUUAAUUUUGUUGUUUUCGUAUGCAUUGUUUUUUUUUUGUGUUUGGAUCCAAUUUUUAACUGGCAAAUUCCUACUAUUAUUGAGUAAGACUGAUGCAAAUGUGAACUCUUUUGCAAGUCAUAACAAGCCUUUGUUCUAAUCUUAGAAGCUUUCUGAACGGAUCUCUUGCUCCAGAAUACAGAAAGGUCGAUAACUACUAUAUUGUUUUAAAAAUCUGGCUUUCUGCCUAUUUUUUCUUUUUGCUGUCUUUGUUGCGAUGGUUAUAAUUUAUCUUGGAAAACAACACUAUCUACAUUUAUCACUGAGAUCUCCAAUGUAUGUAAAAUGGUCAACUCACUCACUGUUUUCUAUGGAAUAUAGGAAAUUGUAUAUUAUAAAUUGAUCCCAAUCAAAAGUAUGUUAAUAUAGCUCAGAAUUUGGAUCCUGACAACACUUACGCAAGUUUAGAAUCUUCAUUUUUGCAGGAGAAUAAGAUCAGAUGGUAAACGCACUACAGAAUGGAGCAACCUAUAUGUGGAUCAUUGUCGUUCUGAUCAGUUGUUCUGUCUGUCUCACACCUGUUCAUUUAGCAAGACUGAUUUUAACUAACAAAAUAUCUCUGAAAAGGAACCAUCAUUGUAUCUUUAAAAUUAAAUUAUCUAGCCACUGUCA